UAUCUACUCCUACUUUCUAUUUUGAUGCGUUUCCAUUGCCGUUGCAAAAAUGGACUGUGUGAAGAAGGUCGAACGAGGAGUAUUAAAUGUGUCUACUGUCAAUAUCCGCAGAAGACACGUUACUUGACUGCCCACAUUGGAAACUCUUGGUGGCUUGGUUUGUUUAUAGCAGGAGCACAUCACUCUUAGUAACGUCCAUGGCCUCCUCUGUGGAUCUACUGGCAUUUAGUCCUGGAACAUUGAUUGUAUCAGGCAUGACCAACUCUCAGCCGCCUCGGCAAUCAGUACUUCUUCUCCAUGCUGGAGGAGGACAUUCUGGGUCGUACGGAAUAGGACGAGAGGACAAAGGAGAUCGGCGACUCACAGCCUGA